GACGGACGAUCACGUGGCCGCCCGGAGGCUCCGUCUGGAAACUGUUGGAAUAACACAUCCAGGCUAAUAAUAAUAACUGUUUUUUAUUCGUGACGGACGCCGCGCUCACCUGAACGUGUGUCCCGGCUGCGCAGCGGGAGGCCGGCUCUGCUGCCCGGUCAUAUAAAGUCAGUAUGGAGAAGUGCUGGAUGAUCCCGGACUGUAUCUCCCACCAGGAGGCUGCCUGGUCGCUGCGGUCCUCCUUUAGCAGCUAGCGUCUACUUUGAACCCAGCAGACAUAAAGGUCCGUUUCCAGCAGGCUACCACCGGGCUACCACCGGGCUACCACCGGGCUAACGUUAGCCCGCCGCCGCUCCGCACCGCCCGCCGCCGGCUGCUGCUACACGGCUGCAGUAACGUUAGCUCCCCGCGGUGCCUUCACUGUCCCACAUUACUAGGACCAGGACAUGACCGGAGCGGAGCUCUGACUGUUUCUCUGUUCACUUUUUUGAGAGUUUCUUCGAAAAUGAAGUCGUCCCUGGCUCCCGGUAUUCGGCUUAUCACGUCCUUCUCUCGAGAUAGUUGGUAUCGCAGUUUCAUUCUCUUCCUCACCUUCCUCUUCUACACGGCCUACCAUCUGUCACGGAAGCCUAUCAGCAUCGUUAAGAGUCAGCUGCACAGGAACUGCUCCACCGUCACUCCACCAUCAGGCCUUAACAUAACCAGUAAUGUCACCUGGUGUGACUGGGCGCCCUUUGACCAGGACAACUACCAGACGCUGUUCGGGGUCUUGGAUAACUCCUUCCUGGUCGCCUACGCCAUCGGCAUGUUUAUCAGUGGGAUAUUUGGAGAGCGCCUGCCUCUGCGGUACUACCUGAGCGUCGGGAUGCUGAUGAGCGGACUGUUCACGUCUCUGUUUGGCCUCGGCUUCUACUGGAACAUCCACUCGUUAGGAUACUACGCCUUCAUCCAGGUCAUGAACGGACUGAUGCAGACCACCGGUUGGCCGGCGGUGGUGGCUUGUGUCGGCAACUGGUUCGGGAAGGGGAAGCGUGGUUUCAUCAUGGGCGUGUGGAACUCUCACACCUCAGUGGGAAACAUCUUGGGCUCCCUCAUCGCAGGAGUGUACGUGUCCUCGGACUGGGGCAUGUCCUUCAUCGUCCCUGGACUCAUCAUCGCCUCCACCGGGAUCCUGUGCUUCUUCUUCCUGGUUGAAAAACCUGAAGACGUUAACUGCGCUCCUCCUCAGCACCACAGCGAACAGGAGACCGGCGAGACGGAGCCCCUCCUGCAGAACUCGGCUCACGUCGACAGAACCGUCAACGGUUGCGUCACCGCCGAGAGCGUGGAGGUGGUGGAGGAGCACGCCGAGGCCAUCAGCUUCUGUGGGGCUCUCAGUAUACCUGGAGUGGUGGAGUUCUCGCUGUGUCUGCUGUUCGCUAAGCUGGUCAGCUACACCUUCCUCUACUGGCUUCCUCUCUACAUCUCCAAUGUCGCGCAUUUUGAGGCGAAGGAGGCAGGAGACAUGUCGACCCUGUUUGAUGUGGGAGGGAUUCUGGGAGGCAUCAUGGCCGGGCUCGUGUCCGACUACACCGGGGGGAGAGCGACCACCUGCUGCGUCAUGUUGCUCGCAGCCGCCCCGAUGCUUUUCCUCUAUAAUUACAUUGGACAACGGAGCAUUGGCACCACAAUCGGCAUGCUGCUGUUGUGUGGAGGCCUGGUGAAUGGACCGUACGCCCUCAUUACAACUGCUGUAUCUGCAGACCUGGGAACACAUGAGAGUCUGAGAGGAAACUCCAGGGCGUUGUCAACGGUGACGGCAAUUAUUGACGGGACUGGUUCGAUAGGAGCUGCCAUCGGUCCUCUGUUAGCGGGGGUGAUCUCUCCCACUGGCUGGAACAACGUCUUCUACAUGCUCAUCUCUGCUGAUGUCCUGGCCUGUCUGUUUCUGUCCAGGCUUGUUUAUAAGGAAGCUCAGGGUUGGUGUGGACGUGUCCCCCGAGUCAGAGGGUUCAAAGAAAUCUGAAACACACACGUUCAAACUGGGAACCAAACUCACAAGAGGGGAACAAUGCUGAAACUGACCUCACAACCACUGUCCACUCAGGCCGGCUGGAAACCAAAUACCAAGAUUCAAGGCACUAAAGUGACGAUUGAAGCCUUCUUCUUCAUGUAAAACAGAAAUAUGCCUUUAUAGAGACGAAGCUUUUUUAUGACUAAUCUGCUCAUUCUCACUUGUUCGUUUUAAUAUUCUUUUAUCAUUAAAGUGUUUAUACUGUG